CACUUUCUAUCAUCCCACACUAAACUCUAAACUCUAAACUCGUUAGUUCAUCAUAAUGGAGCUUCCCGUGAACCUCCGCCCUGACGAGGCAAGCCCCGAGUGGUUGAGCAAAGGCGACAACGCUUGGCAGCUCACAGCUGCCACGCUUGUCGGCAUGCAAAGCGUCCCGGGCCUUGUCAUCCUCUACGGAAGCAUAGUAAAAAAGAAGUGGGCCGUGAACUCGGCCUUCAUGGCCCUUUAUGCCUUCGCAGCGGUCUUGGUCUGUUGGGUCGGUUGGGGCUACCAAAUGUCAUUUGGGAUCGAGCUGUUCAGUUUCCUGGGCGUGCCCAACGUGGCCAUGGGACAAGAGUUCCUCCUGCAACGAACAUUCGUUGGGUAUUUGCCAAACGCGACCAUGGUCUAUUUUCAGUUCGUGUUUGCGGCGAUCACGUUGAUUUUGAUUGCUGGGGCAUUGUUGGGGAGGAUGAACUUUCAUGCGUGGAUGCUAUUUGUUCCCCUUUGGUUGACAUUUUCUUAUACAAUUACUUGUUACAGUAUUUGGAACCCCCAUGGGUGGUUGGCUGAGAUGGGCGUUAUUGAUUACUCUGGUGGCUUUGUCAUCCACCUCUCCUCUGGUGUCGCGGGUUUCACCGCAGCUUACUGGGUAUGUAACAUAAUACAUCCAUAUUAUACUGGCGUCAGUCAUUCAUACACACAUAAUUUUUUAUGUCUCGCCUUAAAAGUGUAA